AUGGCAUCUUUUCUGGUGCAUGUAACAGGAAGGAUUGACAUAAGGUUAAACGUAGACAUCCCUAUGGACACUAAGCUUGUUGAACCCCUACAAGAAGGAUGUAUCUGGCGCCAGGCAAGAGGGGCUGCUACAGAAGUCUUAGGAGCAAAAGAUAUAGUGGGAUCCUCAGAGAAGGUUGGUGUUUCCCAACAGUGGUUCGAUGAAUUGGAUAAUCUGGCAUUUUCAACGCCUGGAUUAGAGAUGACUAAUGAAGAGGAUAAUGCAACCUCUGGUGUGCAAUCUCAAGAUGAGAGAAUUCAUAUUGAUUGUGCUGUCAACACUAGUCCCGGGACAAGUGAGGUAUACUCGGUUAUUAUAUCUAUGGCACUGUAUUUAAAACUAAGAAGGCAUCUUCAUCUGCAAGAGGAUGGACAGCAGAAAUAUGCCAGGAGGAUAGCUGAUAUUUUGAACCCAGGAAGAGGUGGAGGAAUGGAAAAAGAUUCAUGCAUUCAGCUCCUGUUAAAAUCAAACUGUAAUUUGAGAGACCUCAUCUUUGUGAAACCUUUGCAUGUGAGGAUAAAUUUGGACAGUCUGAAUCACCCAAAAGCUGAUAAUUCAAAAGAUAUAAUCUUAACGGACUCUGCCAUUGAAGUCAAUGUAUCACUUGAGCCAUGA